CAUACAAUUCUCCUUAGGUUUCAUCAUGAAUAAAAUGGAUUGGCAGACAUAAAAAAAUCACAUACUCAGCUGUGAAAUUAAAAACAAAAGUCUGAGUUUUAGGUAAAGAUUUUGCAACUUGGAUGUCAGCACCAAAGGGCACAGGUGACCUUCCUUGUGGACAGGUUUCAGGCAUACUUAUUUUCUCCCAUUCCUCUUCCAUGAAUAUCAACAAGUCCUUAGGGACUAGGGUAACAUGGACUGGCUGGCUAAUUGGGAGCUCUGUGCACUGAGCACCCAAGGUCCUAACAAUGAGACAGCACAAUCACACCUUGGCCUUCCUGAUGGAAAUAUAGUGGCUGCACUCCCAUUGUGAGCAUCUGCACCAGGAGGCCCCUGCCUGAGUCUGUCUCCAGUCCUGAGUGCACAGCCCAAGGCUCCCUCCAUUGCACUCCAGGCAGGUGAGGAGCAGCGGAGCCAUCACCCUUGGUCAUGCUUCAGAUGAGACUCAGCGCAGCCCAGUAAGUGCUGAGGGAUAGCAGGGAAGGAGGUUGGACUCUUAGGAACAUUGUUUUCUCCUCCUCAGAAGAAAAGUGAGAGUUGGGGUAGACUUGUGGGGUGGAACCAAUAAGCAAAGCUUCAGGCCAGAGGACUGUGAAGUCUAUGCUCUUGAUUCUCAUAGGAGUCCCAGUUAUCUCAUUCAGAGUUUGGCUUUCCUCCUGUAUUAAGUCUUACUCCUUUGGAAUCCUCUUCAUGACAGCAGCAAAUGCAUCUCUAAACUGUCCCCUGAACACACAGAAACAUGACCAUAAGGGCGAUAAUGAGGAUGCCAGAGAGUAUAACAUUGUGGGCGAUUACUGAGGGCUUCCUAAGUGCCAGGCUCUGAACUCUUGCAAGCAGGCUGUUUCAUUGCAUCUGCACAAUCUCCCAAGUUUUGUUCCAUAGAGGAGCUCAGCACUUUUUUGUGAUUUGUAUCUGAUUGUAGGGUACAGAAUUGAAGCCACAGCUUAAAAAAAGGCUUAUUUAAUUUGAAAGAGUUACAGAGAUUGGAGAGCCAGAGAGAGAUAGAGAGAAAGGUCUUCCAUCCAUUGCUUCCCUCCUGAGAUGGCCACAACAGCUGGAGCUGUGCCAGGCUGAAGCCAGGAACUCCAUCCGGGUUUCCCUUGUGGGUACAGGAGCCCAAGGACUUGGAUCAUCUUAUGUUGCUUUCCCAGGUGUGUUAGCAGGGAAAUGGAUUGGAAGUGAAGCAGCCAGGACUUGAACUGUUGCCCAUAUGGGAUGCCAGGGCUGCAGGCUGUAGCUUUAGUCAAUACACCACAGCACCGGCCCCUGAAACCACACCUGAAUCAGACACAGGGCACAUGGCCACUCUACCCCUCUGGUGACCCCAGCAGAAGUUUCACUGUCCACUGUGCUCUUUCCAUAGGCUUCUCUGUCGAUUGUGGGCAGUCACGGGUGAAGUGUGGCUGAGCUCAAAGGCUAAGAUCCCAGGAAGUGCAGACCCAGGAUAACUCAGAGGAAAUGGCUCUCCUGACCCCACACCUGGGUUUCUCUUCUGCCAGCUUCCUCACUCCUCUUGUAAUCACUCCUGUAUUCUUAAUCAGAGACUUAAAAAUGGGUUGUUGGUUUCCAUUUCUGACUGCAGAAACUGGAAAGAGAAUACUAACAGCCCUUGGAGUUUCCUGUAGUUUAGACCACUGGAUCUCUGCUUAAGUCUUUCUGAUCAGGAAGAGAUAAUGAAGAAGUUGAAUACAUCAGAUUUCAGAUCUGAUAAUGUAGUGUUGAAUCCUAUCUGCUCCACUCCAAGUUGUUGGCAUCUCUGAGAGUUAGCAUUGUCAUUUGAGUUGGGACCUCAUCCACAGAGCUCACAAAGCUCUUAUCCUCCAAUGAGAGGACUUCAGAAUGUUCAUGGAAAAAUGGAAUAAAAAGUAUGAAUUACUGCUUUUGAAAUCCACACAUAGAUUUUUUUUCAUAAUAUAUUAUUUUCCAUACAUUAUAAUUUUUUACACAGCUUUAUUUUUGUAAAAUAAACUCACAUUUCUAUAUGUCCAAAAAGUCUUUGAAGCUUAAACAUGGCCAUGAAUGUGUAUUUUUUAGAAUGAUGCAAUCCCUUUCAUUUCUGAUUCCUCAGACCCAUUAGCUUGCUUAGCAGAGUGGAAGCAUCAGCAUGAAGAUCUCUGUUACACGGUCAGUAGACCCUUCCAUGGCUCGCAAUAACUGGCCGUCAUCAGUGUGGCUUUAACACUCUUGGUGCUUUCUUGUCAGAGCCUUCAUCCCUUUCAGAAAGUCCCACAGAACUAGAGACCAUUGAGUAGCAUGUGUUUGCACCUCCAUGAGGACACAUGGCUCCUGCAAUGGCACUCAAUGGAACCUACAGCAAAAUCUUUGAGUUCAAAAAUCAAGGCAGACAUGUGUUUCACAUCUAGCGUAAAUGUACAGAGAGAAGGGGGCAGGCAAUCCUGUGCCUGAGCUGAGGCACGUUCUAGAGCUGGAUGUCCUUUCAGCCACCAGCAUCAUUUAUCAACAAACUUGCUAUUUCUGCAAUUACAGAGGCUAUAUUUUGAAAAAUCAUGAUGACCACAUUUUUAAGCUCUCAUUCUCCUAGAUGAUACCCUGUCAGAUAUGCGAGUUACUCUUCCUAUGUCCAGUGGACAAUACAAUCACGGGGAGGUGGAGAGAUUUACACAGGUGUUGGCAUGUAUUAUAGGUGAAUGAUGGUGAUUUCCUUACUCCCUCCAUACAGCAAUCAGAAUAUUAUGCUAAGUAGAAUAACAUUCCCACACAACAUGAAAUUUCUUGUUAUUAGGAAAUGAUUAGUACUAGAUAUUACACAGAUUAACAUUUGAUGGUACAUCAAAUAUAUAGUUAUAUAUAGAUAGAUGGUAUAUCAAUUAUAUAGUUAGUAUAUAUAGUUGGUAUAUCAAAGAUAUAUUUGAUUGCUUUUAUUAGAAUAGCAAACAGAUGCUGGACAAAACUACACAUGCAUCAAAUUUUGCUAUUCAUCUGUUUCAAAUAAGAUAAAAAAUGAAUAAAGAAAGAUAAAAAGAAUUAAAAAAUUUUCCUUGCAACAGUCUCAUAGGGCAAACAUCCAUUUCACGGAUGAAGAAUCUGAAAAGUAUGCUUGCAUUAUUUUCUGGAAUUCUGUUUUCUAUCUUUUCUCAGUUCAUUCAUAGCCUCUUCUGCUAAAAUAAUGAACCACAGUUGUCUUAGGGCAGAUAAAGGUAGAGAAUUACAACCCAUGAAUAAGGAAAGGUUAAUACUACAAUAUUUUCUUUAUGCAUAGGAAGAAUGGGACUCAAAGUUGACUUUGGGCCCUCCCUGAUACCAAACACUUCAACUGCAAAUAAGAGGGUUUAUGAUCAUAAAACUGUAAAGCAUCAUUACCACGUCGCUAUGAAAAAAUUUUAAGAAUAUUUAAAUAUGAUACACCUGUCAAACAAGAUAAUUUACUGAGAUCAUGAGGCAAAUACAAAAACUACCUGUUUAAGAUUUCAAAAAUUCAGACAUUUCUUUUAAAAAAAUCCUUACUUCUGAUCACUGACAGGUGCAGAAAACACUAAAGUUACAUUUGCAGUCAUUGCCUUUCUAUGAUUAUGUGCACUUAAUUACCACAUUUAUCAAAAUUUGACCCCUACCAAUGACCAGGAGAGAAGUUAUGGAUCACACAGAAGACAGACUGGAUUGGGCACACAGCAUGGUUAAGAUACCCCUCUCCUACUUAGGAGUGUUUGAGUUUGAUUCCUGGCUAUUGUUCAUUACUCGGCUUCCUCCCAGACUGUGGGAGGAAGUGGUGAUGACUCAAGUACUUGAGUGACUGUAACCCAUGUAGGAGACCUGAAUCAAGUUCCAGCUCCCAGCUUCUGCAGUAGUGCAUCCAAUGACACUGUAGGCAUUUGGGAGUGAAUCAAUGGGUAGGUGCUCUUGCUUUCUUUCUCUCCCUUCCUCCCUUCUUCCCUCCUUCCCUGUCUGUCUGUGAGUCUCCCUAUGAAACAAAAAGGCAAUUUAGAAGGGAAACCAGAAAACCUGAGAAUCAUGAAACCUCUGAAAGAUAACUAACACACAACAGUAUUUUCCUAUCAUGAACGAUCAAUAUUAAGUUAGUGUUGACAUAACACAGUCCUGGCAUUUAGAGUGCACGUAAGUCAAUGGAAUUUGUACCAUUGUUAAAAUAAGGUAUAUUUAACUGCUUCUUAAUUACCCUUAUUUAGAAUAUUAUCUUUGAAGGCAAAAGGGCAUUUUGUAAUCUUUUUUAUUAAAAGUCUAGGUUGUGCCAGUGCCACGGCUCACUAGGCUAAUCCUCCACCUUGUGGCGCCGGCACACCGGGUUCUAGUCCUGGUCGGGGUGCCGGAUUCUGUCCUGGUUGCCCCUCUUCCAGGCCAGCUCUCUGCUGUGGUCAGGGAGUGCAGUGGAGGAUGGCCCAAGUACUUGGGCCCUGCACCCCAUGGGAGACCAGGAUAAUUACCUGGCUCCUGCCAUUGGAUCAGUGUGGUGCGCCAGCUGCAGCGUGCUGGCCGCAGCAGUCAUUGGAGGGUGAACCAAUGGCAAAGGAAGAGCUUUCUCUCUGUCUCUCUCUCACUGUCCACUCUGUCAAAAAAAAGUCUAGGUUGUUUCUCUCUGUCUAACUCCAUCUGUCAAAUAAAAGAAAAGUCUAGGUUGCAUUUGACUGUGUUCAUGGACUAGGUAGGUCAAACGUUCUGGGUUUCCUAACACUUUUCAAUUGCUCCAAAAGCCAUUCUUUUAAUUUUAUUUAUUCUAUGGACUUUAGAGUUACCCUUAUAUUAUACCCAUAACUAGCUGAAUGAAAACUAUAUACAGAAAAACUAUAUGCAAGCACUGUGUGCCCUUGUUUCCUUUUUCCAUCCCUAUCUUCUUUUCCAGAAGGAGUACAGGCUGUGUUGAAACACAAAAUCUGACGUGUGUCCUAGACUUCCAUCUCAUGGGCUUCUCAGAGGAUCCAACCCUGCAGUCCCUCCUGUUUGGGCUGUUCCUGUCCAUGUACCUGGUCACGGUGCUCGGGAACCUGCUCAUCAUCCUGCUCAUCAUCUCUGACACCCACCUGCACACCCCCAUGUACUUCUUCCUCUGCAACCUGUCCUUGGCUGACGUGGGUUUCACCUCCACCACGGUUCCCAAGAUGAUUGUGGACAUCCACAUUCACAGUACAGUCAUCUCCUAUAUGGGCUGCCUGACACAGAUGUCUCUCUUUCUCAUCUGUGGAUGCAUGGAUGAUUUGAUUCUGACUGUAAUGGCCUAUGACCGGUUUGUCGCCAUCUGUCAUCCACUGCAUUACCAAGUCAUCAUGAACCCCCGCCGCUGUGCCUUCUUGGUUUCAGUGUCUUUUGUGGCCAGCCUUUUGGAAUCCCUGCUGCACAACUUGAUAUUAUUACCAGUUACCUGCUUCAAGGCAGUUGAAAUUUCUAAUUUCUUUUGUGACCCUUCUCAGCUUCUCAAUCUUACAUGCGAUGACACCUUCAACCAUGACACAGUCAUAUAUCUUAUUGGUAUUGUAUUUGGGUUUUUCCCUAUCUCAGGGAUCCUCUUCUCUUACUAUAAAAUCAUGUCCUCCAUUCUGAAAAUCCCAUCCCCAGAUGGGAAGUGCAAAGCCUUCUCCACCUGUGGCUCGCACCUCUUGGUUGUUUGCUUAUUUUACGGAUCAGGUUUUGGAGUGUAUCUCAGUGCAUCCUUCUCCACCUCUUCCAGGAAGAGUGCUGUGGCCUCACUGAUGUACACCCUGGUCACCCCUAUGUUGAACCCCUUCAUCUACAGCCUGAGGAACAGGGACAUCAAGAGAGCUCUGCAGAGAACUCUCAACAGAAUAAGCUAAUCUCACUGCCCUUGCCAUCCUUGUGCUCCUAGAACUGAAAUGGGCCGCUCCAAGAAGUCCUGAAUCAGUCCUCAGAUCACAGCAUGUGAAGGCAUCUAUCAUCAUCUCCAUGUCUUUCGGGCUUCUCUUUACAUGACCGUUCCUCUCAAUAUCACUUUAAUGGAGUCAGGAGACCCUUUUGGCCAACCACUUUGGCGACAGUUAUUCCAGGAUCCUAUGUCUGUGUGAAUUCUGAGGAUGGGGACUGUCACAGGAAGAGAGCUAAACAGGGGACUAGCAGAGUCAUGUGUAGUGAUGUUUUCCAGCUUGCUUGGGGCUUUUUUUUUUUAAAGGUUUAUUUUAAUUAUUUGAACGAGAGAGAGGUAGAGACAGAGAGAGAGAAUCUUCUAUCCACUGGUUCACUCCCUAAAUGACCACAAUGGCAAGAGCUGAGUCAGUCUGAAGCCAAGAGCUUCUUCUGGGUCUCUCACAUGGGUGCAGGGGCCCAAGCACUUGCCAUACUCUGCUGCUUUCCCAGGCCAUUAGCAUGGAGCUAGGUUGGAACUAGAGCAGUUAGGACUUGAACUGGUGCCCGUAUGGGAUGAGAGCACUGUAGGCUGGGUCUUUAACCUGCUGUGUCACUGCACAGGCCCCAGGUUGGAGAUCUUAAAAUCACUACUCUAUUUUCCACCUUUCUUUAAUAAAACAUCACUCAUGGUCAGUAACCUUAACUACACUGGAAGUGCGGUGCAUUUCACUAAUUCCUUCUCUCCCCACUAAGGCCUCAAUGUUUGAGAGACCCCCUUCAGUUACUGUUCACUCGUUUUUCCCUCUUUGCCUUUGUCCUGCAGUAACUAUUGGACCCAUUGUCCAUAUUCCGUUCUCUCACAUCAUGCUGAGUGAAAUAAGCCAGUCCCAAAGGGACAAAUACCAUAUGUUCUCCCUGAUCGGUGUCAACUCACUGAACACCAAAAAGGAAACCUCCUGAAGUGAAAUGGACACUAUGAGAAACGGUGACUUGAUCAGCAUAGCCCUGACUGUUAAUGAACAACUUAAUACAUUAUCCCUCUUAGUAGUUUUUUUGUCUGUUCUACUUAAUAUGACCGGUUUAAUUCUGUAAUUAAUACACAGUUAUUCUUAAGUGUUAAAAAUUAACUGAAAUGUGAUCCCUGUUAAACAUAAGAGUGGGAAUAAGAGAGGGAAGAGAUGUAUAAUUUGGGACAUGCUCAAGCUGACUUGCCCCAAAUGGUAGAGUUAAAAACAUACCAGGGGAUUCCAAUUCAAUCCCAUCAAGGUGGCAUGUACCAAUGCCAUCUCACUAGUCCAAGUGAUCAAUUUCAGUUCACAAUUGAUCAUAAUGAAAGGACUAAGAGUCAAAGGGAGCACAUAAACAAGUCUAGUACCUGCUAACACUAACCGAUAGAAUAAAUAAAGGGGAGAGCGAUCCAACAUGGGAAGUGAGAUACUCAGCAGACUCAUAGAAUGGCAGAUGUCCUAAAUAGCACUCUGGCCUCAGAAUCAGCCCUAAAGGCAUUUGGAUCUGGCUGAAAAGCCCAUGAGAGUAUUUCAGGCAUGGAAAGCCAAGACACUCUGGCAAAAGAUCUCUGCGAGUGAGAUCCCAGUGGAAAGAACAGGCCAUCAAAGAAGGAGGCACCUUUCUCUGAAGGGAGGAGAGAAUCUCCACUUUGACUAUGACCUUGUCUAAACAAGAUAAGAGUCAGAGAACUCAGAGGGCUUCCAUAGCCUUGGAAACUCAUGACUGGAGCAUAGGGAGACUACUGAUGCCAUAGACAGGAGUGUCAAUUUGUAAAGUCAACAACAGGAGUCACUGUGCACUUACUCCUCAUGUAGGAUCUCUGUCCUUAAUGUGCUGUACAUUGAGGCUUAAUGCUAUAACGAGUACUCAAAGAAUAUAUUUCACUUUGUGUUUCUAUGGGGGUGCAAACUGUUGAAAUCUUUACUUAAUGUAUACUAAACUGAUCCUCUGCAAAAAAAAAAAAAAUAUUAUCAACUCCCAACUUGACUCUCACUGGGAUUAAACAUGACAAUAGGUCUGAUCUGAUUUCAUCAUCAUUUAAAAAAAUCAUCUAUUAUUUUUCACUUUAUGUUUCUGUGUGGGAGCAAACAGUUGAAAUCUUUACUUAAUGUAUACUAAACUGAUCUUCUGUAUAUUAAGAUAAUUGAAAAUGAAUCUUGAUGUGAAUGGAAGGGGAGAGGGAGUG